CCCUUUCACCUCAAAUUCUGGCAUGCUGGGUGUCUACUGCGAAACAACGUGUAUUAAGACCAAAUCAAUGAUUAUAGCUCAAAAUAUUAUUGUAAAGAGGUGUUCAACCUCUCAUAUUUAAAACAAGAGUAUUCUGUACUGAAGAUGGGGAAGCCACCGAAGAAUCGGAGUCUGGCGGAUAAGGUUCGCAAGACCAAGACGACAUCGCAGAUCAAGAACAACCCUUUCGAGGUUAAGAUCAACAGGAAGAAGUUUGACAUUCUCGGGAGGAAGAGCAAACAUGAUGUUGGGCUGCCAGGGGUGUCCAGGUCCAAAGCCAUCAACAAGCGAAAAGAAACCUUGCUGAAGGAGUACAAAACGAAAGAUAAGUCCAACAAGUUCAUAGACAGACGCUUUGGAGAAUAUGACACCAAGAUGGACCCCGAGGACAAGAUCCUACAGAGGUUUGCUCUGGAGAGACAGCGCACGCACGACAAGAAGGACAUGUACAACCUGAACCAGGAUGAGGAGCUUACUCACUACGGCCAGUCUCUGGCAGAGAUGGAGAAGAUGAACGACCUGGUGGACAGCGACAGCGAGACAGACGAGAAGGGGCUGCUCUCUGCUGAGCUGACCGCCUCCCACUUCGGCGGAGGGGGGGGCCUACUGAGAAAGAAGACCCCUGGGGAGAAGGAGGAGGACGGGGGAAGCUACAGGGCUAAGUCCCGCCAGGAGCUGAUUGAGGAGAUGAUCCUUAAGUCCAAACAGGACAAGAGAGAGAGACAGACCCAGAAGGAGGAGGCCCAGGUCCUGACUGAGAAGCUGGACCAGGAGUGGAAGAGCAUCCAUGGACUGCUGGCUCACAAGACCCCCAUGGCAGAGCGCCCUGAGAGGGAGGAGGAGAAGCCCAAGCUGGACGAGUAUGACAUGAUGGUGCGUGAGCUGGGCUUCGAGAUGAAGGCCCAGCCCUCUGAGAGGAUGAAGACGCCGGAAGAAGUGGCCAGAGAGGAGCGCGAGAGACUUCAGAAACUGGAGGCGGACCGUCUGAGGAGGAUGAUGGGAGAGGUAGUAGGGCCGGCCAGCCAGACCCAGACACACCUUUCAGCUGAUGACCUCAAUGACGGCUUCAUCCUGGACCAGGAUGACAGGAAGGCCCUGACCUAUCAGGACGGGAAGUUGAACAUCGAGCAAGGGUCCGAGGAUGAGGGAGAGGAGGCCGAUGAAGGAGAGAGCAGCCAGGAAGAGGGGUCUGGCGAGGGGGAAGACCAGGAGGAGGAGGAUGAAGAGGAGGAGGAGGAGGGGGCGAGUGGAGAAGACGACAGCCACUCGGACCUCGACUCGGAGCAGGAGAGUGGUAGAGAGGAGGAGGGGGAGGAGGACAUGAGUGAAGAGAAUGGCGCCCAGCCUCCGAGUCAGGCGACUGAGGAGGAGAGGAAGGCCGAGCAGGAGGCAGCGAAGGCAGAGCUCCCGUACACCUUCACAGCUCCAGAGAGCUAUGCCGAUCUGAAGGCCUUGCUGCAAGGCCAUUCCCCGGAGAUCCAGCGCCUCAUAGUGGCCAGGACGCAGAAAUGCAACCACCCCAGUCUGGCUGUGGGCAACAAGCUGAAGCUGCAGAAACUGUUUGGCUUCCUGCUGGAGUACGUUGGGGAGGUUGCCACCAGGACUCCUCCAGAGCUGUGCACCGUCGACAAGCUCAUCCCGCAGCUGUAUGAUCUGUGCCAGCUGUUCCCAGAUGUUGCCUGUAAAGCCAUGCAAAGCACUCUGGGAGACUCCGCCCACAGCAUGGAGGAGGUCCUGGAGGUCAAAGGUCGUGCUGCCUUCCCUCGGCUGGAUAUGCUUCUAUAUCUGAAGAUCACUGCCCUGCUAUUUCCAACCUCGGACUUUCGUCACCCUGUCACUACCCCUGCUCUACUCUACAUCAGCCAGGCUCUCUGCAAGUGUCCAGUGACAUCUCUAGAGGACGUGACAUCAGGCCUGGUCCUCUGUUGCCUGGCAUUGGAGUACGUCUCCUUCUCAAAGCGCUUUCUGCCGGAGCUCAUGAACUUCCUCCUAGGAACACUUCACCUGGCCGUGCCGGAGAACGCCUCAACAGGUUACUCGGUGGUGCCGCCCUUCAGGCAGACAGGGAAGUGCAGCGAUCUGCUGGUCCUGAGGGAGCCUGAGGCCUGCGUCUCCUGGAGCAUGAAGCAGCUGCCCCUGGCUGCCAUCCAGCACCUCCACCUGGCCUCCGACCAGCACGCCGACCAGCACAGGUUGUGGUGUGUGUCCACCUGUCUGGACCUGCUGGAGCGCAGCUGUGUGCUCUACCGUGACCUCACUUCCUUUUCACACGUCUUCCAGCCGAUCAGAACGCUGCUGUCGAAACACCUGCCCGUCAAAAGCUACCCCCCGCCCCUCCAGGAACUCCAUGGUGAGAUCUUGGAGGCAAUUUCCUGCGCUAAGACAUCACAUUCUGUUCUGGUGUUUGAGAAGAAGAAGCCUAUCCCCCUCAAGCUAUUCACACCCAAGAUUGUGGAAGUGCUGGACUAUGGGAAGAAGCGAGGGAACACAAAGGAUGAGAGAGAACAUGAGAGGUUGAAGCACAAAUAUAAGAAGGAGUUUAAGGGUGCGCUGAGGGAGAUCAGGAAGGAUUCCCGUUUCCUGGCCCACGAGAAGCUGUCAGAGAUCAUGAGCAGGGAUGCGGAGAGGAAGAAGAAGGUGAAGGAGUUGUUUGGCAGCCUGGCCACCCAGGAGGGAGAAUGGAAGGCACUGAAGAGGAGGAAGAGGAAGUGACCUCUGCCUCUCCUAUCCUCCUCUCUUUUUGAACUGAUCUGUGUACAAAAACAUUUUAUAGUACAACCGUUGCAAUCUUUCUUUUUUCUUCAACAUUGUAAUGUUAUGCUAAUUGAAUAAAGAUACCGUUGAAUCCCC